AGGCGUAGCGCUGAAAAGUUUCCAACUUGCGUCUCGCGCCCUAGCAUAGUGAUUUCGACCAAUCGUGAACCCAUAGCGGGUUGGAUAAAUAAUGUUUACGGCAUCACAGGUUCGAUUUUUGCCCUGGCUGCUGGCCUAUCGCGUCUUCUGCCCGUUCACAAGGAUAAACACUUAGAUAUAAUCUGUGCCGAUUUCACAGUGAAUGCGAUAUUGGCAGCCACUUGGGCAAUGCAUCAGGAUGUUGAGGACCAUAGAAAGGUAUCACCAACGCCACCGAGUCCCAAAGUAUACGCUUUGGUAUCUUCGACAUACACACCAGCGGGAUUUGUAACGUCAGAGACUUUGUCGCAUUAUCUUACAAACCCGUUGCAACGGCACUUAUGGGUUUUGUGUCCAAAUUUAAUUGACAAUCAGCUGUUAUUCAAGUAUCUUAGUAUAUACUAUCAUCUGAUAGGCACUUUGGCGAUUGAUUUUGGUCUAAAAAUAGUUGGAAGAAAAGAACGCGUCUUACCUUGGGUGCGCAAAACGCAACUAUUUCUGAAUGUAAUCGCCUACUUCACGCAGUACGAUUGGAAAUUCGAUAAUGAUAAUAUGCGCAACGUCUGGAAGCGAAUGGAUGCUGUAGAUGAAAAGUUAUUCCUCUGCGAUACGCGUCUAUUCGACUACAAGAAAUGGUGUUACACUUAUAUGCAGGGUAUGAAGUACUUUCUUUGUAAUGAUCCACUUGAAAAUCCAAGAACAGCCGUGACCCGAUAUAAUCGCAUAAGUCGAGUGCAUUUAAUAUUCAAGUACCUAUUUUACAUUUCCCAGCUGCUGUUGGCAUAUACGAUGAUAAAGGGUCUGAGGCUAGAUGAAGUGUUCAUUAAAUUAAUAAGCGUUAAAUUUGGUUUAGGCAAAGGAAUAGCUUUUGUCAAGGCAUAGACUAUAUGCACCGAUAAUCAAGAUUUGGUGUUUAUGUGAGAAUAGAUCAAAUAAACUUAUCGUAGAUUUAA